CGCUAUCAGUAAAUGAGCUGAAGCGCUACUCUCACAAAGACAGUAAAGUCGGUGUUGUUCCAUAAUAUUCACUGAACUCAGCAGCCUUGGCUUACUGCUCUCUGUGCCCGCUUUAUUCCCUGGACAUUUGGCUUCUGCCUCGUUAAAGGACGCGGAACAUCUUGACCAGUCUGCGCGCUUUCUGGUGGAGGCAGCCGCAGGAUCCGAGUUGAAGUUGCGCACGGACGGACAGCCGUGUCUCUCUGCGGGGUGAGGUGGGAAGUGUUUGAACGCACUCCCCGCAGAUUCGUCAGGACGCGCGGUUGGAAACUCUUGCCUUUGACGCGACUCGAGGCGCAGAUGAACGGGAUGUCAGUCGGACCUGACGCUGUGUGCAGGGGUGGAAAAUGACUGCGAGCAUCGGCGAGCUUUCCAUGAUGCUGAGGAGAUGCCCUGUCACUUUCAAACCAUUCAGGAUCUUUGUAGUUGGGGUCGGCUUCUUCAGCCUGUGCUUUCUAAUGACCUCUCUCGGGGGCCAGUUCUUAGCCAAGCGACCCGCAGACUCCCCGUUCACCACGCGAGCUGAAGUUCUCAGUGGCCAGGAAUCCCGCGGGGUGUUGAGGAAGAUCAGUGACAUGCUGGAGAUGAUUAUGAAAAGGAUGGAUGCGAUGUCUAAGCUGGGCAACACCACCCACACCCACAGCAGGCUGGAUGAACUGAGCUCGGCCCUGGAUAGGAUUCAGCCAAUGGGGCUGGUGGACCGUAUCCAGGCCAUAGCCCAGAACAUGUCCGACAUGGCCGUGCGGGUGGAGCAGAUCCUGCAGCGCAGCAUGGCCAACAGCCGAGGUAAAGAUGGAGUCUUUGGAUCCUGUGAGACUCCCAAGGAUCCCCAUUAUCCAGACUGCACCAGCAAGAUGGAUUGGAUGCGCGCUCGCUGGACCUCGGACCCCUGCUACGCGUAUUACGGCGUCGACGGCUCCGACUGCUCCUUCCUCAUCUACCUGAGUGAGGUGGAGUGGUUCUGCCCCCCGCUGCCCUGGAGGAACCAAACUGCUACACCCACCCUGAAGCCGCUUCCCAAAAAACAGGCUGUUUUCCAGUCCGACAUCGGGACUUUGCUGGAGCAGGUGGGAACCGGUAAGGAGUCCCUGAGCUUCAUGAGGAGACGCAUACGCAGGCUGUCGGCGCAGUGGGCCUCCGCUGCCCGGCGGCUGGAUGAGAAACUCCGCAGCCACUGGAGAGAGCAAAAACGGAUUCUAGUCCAUGUCGGCUUUCUGACGGAGGAGUCUGGGGAUGUUUUCAGUCCCAAGGUGCUGAAGGGAGGCCCUCUGGGCGAGAUGGUGCAGUGGGCCGACAUCCUCACCGCUCUCCACGUGCUCGGACACGAUGUCAAGAUUUCGGUGUCUCUCAAAGAACUGCACGGGUUUUUGGGUGUCCCACCUGGAAGAGGAAGCUGCCCCCUGACAGGACCUUUACCCUUUGACCUCAUGUACACGGACUACCACGGAUUGCAGCAAAUGAAGCAGCACAUGGGCCUGUCUCUAAGGAAGCACAAAUGCCACAUCCGAGUAAUUGACACCUUCGGCACAGAGCCUGCCUACAACCACGAGGAGUAUGCCACUCUUCACGGCUACAGAACCAACUGGGGCUACUGGAACCUUCACAGCCAGCAGUACAUGACCAUGUUCCCCCACACCCCAGACAACUCUUUUAUGGGUUUCGUAGCAGAGGAGCUGAAUGAGACUGAGAAGAUGUUUAUUCAGAGGAACAAAGUCAACAACAUGGCUGUUGUAUAUGGCAAAGAUGCCAGCAUGUGGAAGCUUCAAGGUAAGGAAAAUUUCCUGGCAAUCCUGCAUCGUUACAUGGAGAUUCAUGGUACAGUGUACUAUGAGACGCAGCGUCCCCCAGAAGUCCCUGCCUUUGUCAAGAAUCACGGCCUGCUGCCUCAGCAGGAGCUACAGCAGCUGCUCAGAAAAGCAAAGCUAUUCAUCGGAUUUGGCUUCCCAUACGAGGGCCCUGCUCCUUUAGAAGCGAUAGCCAAUGGUUGCAUUUUUCUGCAACCAAAGUUUCACCCUCCUCACAGCUCUCUCAAUCAUGAGUUCUUCAGAGGGAAGCCCACCUCCAGAAAGGUGUCCUCUCAGCAUCCCUACGCAGAAGAGUAUAUCGGCAGGCCGCAUGUCAUCACCAUCGACUUCAAUAACUCAGAGGUGUUCGAUGCAACCAUCCGCGAGAUCAUGAAGAUCAAUGUGGAGCCGUUCCUGCCCUAUGAGUAUACAUGCGAGGGAAUGCUGGAAAGGGUCCAUGCCUACAUUCAGAAUCAGGAUUUCUGCUCACCUGAGGUUCCAUUUCCUCCAGCGAACACAUCUUGGGCUUUGCUUGGUGGUCCUUUCCUCCCUUUGCCAAACUCCAGAAUGCUAACAUGGGCCUCCAACGUCAGCUCCUUCCUGUCGUGGCCUUCUCUUGCUGCUCUACGGCUUUUGACAUCUCUACCGGGCCAGUCGUGUGUGGAAGCCUGCCGGAGUGAAGGACUAAUCUGUGAACCUGCCUUGUAUCGUUUUAUCAACAUCAAAGAAGCAUUUAGCGCGUUGGACCUCCAGUGUGAAGGCCUGGAAUCUGAGAUGAACCACCUCUUCCCCGCCUUCUCUGCAGAGCACGCUGAGUGCUGUCUACAGCACGAUCCGCUAUUGUUUAGUUGUGCUGGCUCUAGCCCCAAAUACCAACGCCUUUGCCCCUGCAGGGACUAUCGGAAAGGACAGGUGGCACUGUGCAAGGACUGCUUAUGACCAAAGGACGGCCCGGUUUAGGGAGCACUUUUUAAUCUUACCUAUAAACAUCCAAAAUAUCUACGUGAACGACCUUAAGCGAGGAAACUUUGAGGUGAAAGAGCUGCACAGCAUAAACAGCAAAUUGGCUCGCUUACCGCUUUCCUUGGACUUGCUGCUAAGCGUUUCAUCGACCUCUCAGGGAAUUGCAUGAUUGUAUUUUUGAAUUUAAUGCUUUUGAAGAUUCGCCUUGUUACAGUACGACCACAUGAAACAUAAUCUGUAAUUCACAGAUGACGUUGUACAGAAAUCUUCAGCAAUCAGUGUUUUUCCCCCUUUAUAAGAACUGUUGAAAAUGUGUGUUUCUGUCAUGCGAAACCUCGCUGAAUCAACGCGAGCACUGGAUACGUGUACAGAUGCACCCAAAGACAUUAUCGUUUAGAGAUUAACUGUUUUACAUGUCCUGUGGAAAAUCUGUUUGCACAUACAGUAGAUGUUGUUUAAUAAAACAAAAG